AUGGACGAAGACCUUUAUGAUGAAUUUGGAAAUUUAAUCGGGGCUGAAUCGGAUAGUUCCUUGUCCGAAGAAGAUGAAUCGCAUGAUAGAUCUGGAGAAGCCCAAUUUGCGGUUACUCACGAAGAAGCGGACUUAGAAGAAGGCACAUCAGUACUUGUGUCAAGGGAUACGCUAGCUACAGCUUUUUCAGAAGAUGUAGAAGUUUUGGUGGAGACUGAAGAUCAGCAGUCUAUUAACAAACCGCUAGUAGAGCCUGCACAACGCCCCAGAGACGACACAUCGAUUUACAGUAAAGGGGCUAAAACAACACCGAAAGUUACAUUUGACUAUGAGUAUUUACAAGCGUUGCUGGAGCUCCCAGAAAGAACCAAAAAUAUUUGUGUUAUGGGUCCUUUAAACUCGGGCAAGACUUCGCUGGUGGACCUCUUGGUGUGGGAAUGUCAUGACAAAUUAGCUAACGUCUCCAAAAAAAUUCGGGAGGGCUGGACGCCGCUUAGGUACCUUGACAACACAAAACUAGAAAUCAAUCGGGGUAUCAGCUGCAAAAUAAAUGGAUUCACCUUCCUCGGUAGUGAUCUACAGGAUAAAUCCGUGGCACUGACCAUGCUUGAUACUCCCGGACACGUCAAUUUUAUGGAUGAAGUUGCAAUUGCCAUGUGUGCCUCAGAGGCUUGUAUUGUGGUGGUCGACGUGGUAGAAGGAAUAACAGCGGUAACGCAACAACUAAUCGGUCAAAUUCAGAAACGAGGCCUUAACAUGAUUUUUGUCUUGAACAAGAUAGAUAGAUUGAUUUUGGAACUUCAACUACCGCCUAAGGAUGCGUACCUAAAGAUCGUUCAUGUUGUAGAACAAAUUCAAAGGUGCACAAGUCUGAAGCACUCUCCUGAACUAGGAAAUGUUAUUUUUGCAUCUGCCAAACUAGGCUUCACGUUCAGCAUAAAGGAGUUUGUUCUUUAUCACUAUCAAAAUCGAUUGGGUCCGGAAAAAGUAAGGGGUUUCAUUGAUAGACUGUGGGGGAACAUAUACUUUCACUCCGGUCAGUUUUCAGAAAAGCCGAACACCAAGAAUAUGACGACUUUUAUAGAAUUCAUUCUGGUACCAUUGUACAAAAUGUUCACACAAACGUUGGCGAACGAACCGAAGGAAGUGGCGGAAUUUCUGAAAAAGCGGUUCCAGAUCGACCUGAGUCCCAAAUUGCGGGAGUUGGAUCCACAACCUUUGCUGAAGGCAGUAUUGAGCUUGAUAUUCCGCAGCCAACGUGGUCUGAUUGACAGUAUUAACGAGUUUAGUCCAAGCGCCGAGGAAAUUAAUAUCAUCAAUAAGACGAACGCUAGUCUAACUUGUCCAAGUCAUGCUACUUUGGCGCAUGUUAUCAAGGUAAUGGAUUACUGUGGCGAGACCUGGGCACUCGCCAGAGUAUACCAGGGCAGCAUCAGCGUGAAUGAUUCCUUGCGAGUAAUCGAUGUCGACGCAUCGAACGAUGAAGAUGCGCCUACAGCAAAAAUACGUGCGAUGGCGCUCUUAGGUGGCAGAUACGUCGUCCCUAUCCAACGAGCUAACGAGGGCCAAAUUGUUUUGGUAAGCGGUGUUGAAGAUUUGCUAACAAAAUCUGGAACACUCACCACUAUUGAGGAUUUCAAGUUCCCUGCGAUCGACUAUAUCAAUGAAUCCACUUUCAAAAUAAUCCUCAAACCGUUGCAUCCUCGUGAACUACCUCUGAUGUUGGAAGGACUCAAUAAGGUCAAUAAGUUUUACCCGGGGAUGGUGACAAGUGUUGAGGAAACUGGUGAAACGGCAGUAUUGGGCACCGGGGAGCUCUACUUAGACUGUUUGAUGUGGGAUCUUCGAAACAACUACGCAAAGGCUGAAAUUCUGGUGUCGAGUCCGCUUGUUAAAUUUGCCGAGACCUGUGUCAAUGAAUCAUUUGCUUCGAUCCCUGUAAGUGCCGCUAGUGGUAAAAAUCUUACCUUGAGCGUUACAGCUCAGCCGCUUGUAAAAGACUUGACCGAUGAUUUACUGAAUGGCACUUUAACCGGAAGGGACACCGAAAACAUUCGUAAACUUGCCAAAUUACUACGCGAAAAAUACGGGUGGGACUCUUUAGCUGCCCGUAACGUUUGGAGUAUACAGAACGGAAAUGUUUUUGUGAAUGAUACCUUGCCCGAUGAAGUUGAUUCUGAACUUUUGGCGGGCGCGAGGGAAGCUAUAUGCCAAGGGUUUGAGUGGGCAGCGCGGGAAGGUCCGCUAGCAGAAGAAGCCAUUCAUGGGGUGCAAUUCCGACUUUUGAGCGUUGUUGCCGAAGAACAGGUGAACAAAGGUCAACUUGUCUCGCUUGCACGUAAGGCUUGCUACGUGGGGCUACUCACUGCUGAACCUGCUGUCCUGGAGCCCAUCUUUGAAGUUAGCAUAGUGGUCAGGGACCUACUGGUGGAGAUUUUGGAGGAAAUUUUUGCUAAGAGACGCGAUGCGCGAAUCUACAACCGCGUCAAAAUUCCGGCCACUCCUCUCACGGAGAUAUGGGGACAGAUCCCAGUGAUCGACUCGAUCGGCUUCGAGACUGACCUGCGGCUCGCUACGAACGGGCAGGCGAUGUGUCAGCUGCAUUUUUUCAAGAAAAUAUGGCGGAAAGUACCAGGAGACGUUAUGAACGAAGAUGCACCAAUUCCCAAACUCAAACCUGCUCCUCGUCAAAGCAUGAGUCGCGAUUUUAUUAUGAAAACUCGUCGCAGAAAGGGUCUGUCAUCAGACGGUCACGUGACACAGGAUGGACCUUCUUUGUCUCGCUACAUCAGCCCUGAGCUCUUCCAAAAACUGAAAGAAAACCAUCUGGUAUAA